AUGGAGAGACUUGUGGUUAGCCUGAGAUCAUCUGAAUCUGAAGAAGAUGACAAAGAAGAUAGUGCCUGGGAGCCCCAAAAGAAAGUCCCCAGAAACCGAAAGCAGCCUGUUUGCAAGGAAUCUAAGCCAAAGAGGGUGCCACGGGCAAAGAAGAACACUAAGAAGAUUAGUGAUGGCUUCGAAGGCGUAGUUGUGAAGGAGGAGCUGAAUAGCUCCGUGGCUGUUGCUGAUGUCGAUUUGGAAGACAGAAAAAAUGAAAUGAAUACUGCGCAGUCUCCCAAAACACCAAAGACAAAGCGGAAAAAUUCAGCUCAGUCACCUUUAGGUCAGAGGACCAAGAAGCUGAAAGUUGAAGAAGCCGACAAAGGCACCAACUUAGAGGGUGAGAAUAGCAGUACAGUGACGCCAUCCACAAGCACCAUGUGGGAAGGUACAUGUAAGAAGGAAAAGAAUGAAGAUGACUUUACAUUUGGUCAAUCCCCUCUAAAGAAGAUUAAGACUGUAACGUGUCCUCAGGGGCAGCCUGUCAAGCUUCCAGCAAGUGCCAACAGUAUUAAGGAGGAGGUGGAAAUGAACUGGGAUAUAGUACAGGUUUUAUCUGAGAGGACUAAUAUUGAACUUUGGGUUUGUGCCAACAUCAUUCGUCUCUUUAAUGAUGAUAAUACUAUUCCCUUCAUUAUACGUUAUCGAAAAGAGCUCAUUAAUAACCUUGAUGCUGAUUCCUUGAGAGAGGUUCAACAAACCCUAGAGGAACUGCGGGCUGUUGCAAAAAAAGUUCAUAGUACCAUCCAGAAAAUUAAGAAGGAUGGGAAGAUGUCUGAGUGCCUGUUAAACGCCUUGCUGAACUGUAAAACUUUUGAAGAAGUAGAACAUGUGUCUGCCCCAUAUAAAACUGGGAGCAAAGGCACCAAAGCCCAAAGAGCAAAACAACUGGGAUUAGAAGGAGCAGCCAGGACACUGCUUGAGAAUCCAGGGGCACUCAAUCUGCUAUCUUACAUGAAACCCAAUAUGAAAGGACUUUCAACACUUCAGGAUAUUGAAACAGGAGUGCAGCAUAUUUUAGCAGACAUGAUUGCUAAAGACAAAGACACACUUGACUUCAUUAGGAAAUUGUGCCAAAAUAGACAUGUUUGUAUCCAGUCCUGUCUUGCAAAAGUAUCCUCCAAAAAGGUGAAUGAGAAAGAUGUUGACAAGUUUCAGCUGUACCAGAAUUUUUCAUGUUAUAUAAGAAACAUCCAUCAUCAUCAGAUUCUGGCGAUUAACCGUGGAGAAAAUUUGAAGAUAUUGACAGUCAAGGUCAAUAUUCCUGAUGGAGUGAAGAAUGAAUUCUGUAGAUGGUGUAUCCAAAACAGGUGGAGACCACGUGGUUUUGCAAGACCAGAGUUAAUGAAGAUCUUACACAAUUCACUGGAUGAUUCCUUUAAACGUCUUAUUUAUCCUCUCCUCUGCAGAGAGUUCAGAGCCAAACUAACAUCAGAUGCAGAAAAAGAAUCAGUCAUGAUGUUUGGACGGAAUCUUCGCCAGCUCCUUUUAACAAGUCCCGUUCCAGGGCGUACCUUGAUGGGAGUGGAUCCUGGUUAUAAACAUGGUUGCAAAUUAGCUAUAAUUUCUCCUACCAGUCAGAUACUUCAUACUGAUGUAGUCUACUUGCAUUCUGGACAAGGCUUUCGAGAGGCAGAGAAAAUAAAGAGACUUUUGCUGAAUUUCAAUUGCAGUACAGUGGUGAUUGGAAAUGGAACUGCCUGCCGGGAGACAGAAGCUUAUUUUGCUGACCUGAUAAUGAAAAAUUACUUUGCACCACUGGAUGUUGUUUACUGCAUUGUCAGUGAAGCAGGAGCAUCGAUCUAUAGUGUCAGCCCUGAAGCUAACAAAGAGAUGCCAGGGUUGGAUCCUAAUUUGAGAAGUGCAGUUUCCAUAGCAAGGCGUGUACAAGAUCCAUUAGCUGAGCUAGUGAAAAUUGAGCCGAAGCACAUCGGAGUUGGAAUGUAUCAGCAUGAUGUAUCCCAGAUUUUACUCAAAGCAACACUGGACAGUAUUGUAGAAGAAUGUGUCAGUUUUGUGGGAGUGGAUAUUAACAUCUGUUCAGAAGUUUUGUUAAGGCAUAUUGCAGGACUCAAUGCCAACCGAGCCAAAAAUAUCAUUGAAUGGCGAGAGAAGAAUGGGCCCUUUAUCAGCCGAGAACAGCUAAAGAAAGUGAAAGGGCUAGGUCCAAAAUCUUUCCAGCAAUGUGCUGGCUUCAUCAGAAUCAACCAGGAUUAUAUUCGAGCAUUUUGCAGUCAGCACAAUGAAUCUUCAACAACUGUUGAUGUAACAAAUGAGAAGCAAGGAAAGAAGAAGAGUAAAACUCCAGUGAAUGUUGCGCUGAAACCAAAUCCUUUGGACCAAACUUGUAUUCACCCAGAAUCAUAUGACAUAGCAAUGAGGUUCUUAUCACUCAUUGGAGGGACAUUGUGUGAGAUUGGAAAGACUGAAAUGCAACAAAAGAUAAAUUCAGUGCUUGAAAAGGAAGGCAUAAACAAAAUUGCAGAAGGAUUGCACACAACAGUACACACCUUGCAGGUCAUCAUCGACGGUCUCAGCCAACCCGAGAGCUUUGACUUUAGAACAGAUUUUGAUAAACCUGAUUUCAAGAGAAGCAUAGUCUGCCUGGAAGAUCUGCAGGUUGGAACAAUUCUUACAGGCAAAGUCCAGAAUGCCACUUUGUUUGGAAUUUUUGUGGAUAUCGGGGUGGGAAAAGCAGGGCUGAUUCCUAUACGAAAUGUAACAGAAGCAAAACUUUCAAAAACGAAGAAGAGACGGAGUCUUGGGCUGGGCCCAGGAGAAAAAGUGGAAGUCCGAGUACUCCACAUUGACACUCCCCGAUCCAGGAUCACCCUGGACCUCAUUCGGGUAUUGUGA